AUGUUAAUAAUUGAAGAAUAUGAGAUGUUCAACGUUUCAGACGAAGCUUUUCAAGGCCUGAAGAAAUUGGUUGAUUUUUCCUUCCUAAUUAGAGAUGAAAGAAAAAAUAAAGAAAUAAUGUACAAAGUUGAACCUAUAUACAACAUCGGAAGAGAUUCUAACCGUUACAGAUCUUGGUCAUCUUCCGUGUGUUAUCCUGACAAGGCCUUUUCGGAGCUUACUAAUCUAAAAACAUUAAACCUAAUCGGGACAAACUGCAAAUUGGGACCAGGAUUUCAAAAACUUAAUCGCAUAAAACUAAUUGACUUUCAAUAUACCUGCUCCAUUACAGCCUUAGGUGAUUUCUAUUUAAAAAAUAUUCGAACUGAGGAAGAUAUUUCCAUUUGGAUGAAUUACUGCCCUAUCAAAAACUUCACGAAAAGCUCAUUUGAGUUGCAAGCACAUUCUUCAAUGCUGGAUCUUAGCGCCACUGAACUCACAUUACAGCAAAUUUUAGACUCUAUUCAAAGUUUCGCUGCAAUCACCAAGCUGAAGUUGAACUAUCUCAAAUUUGACCCAGCUCGGCAGUAUUACAACUUAGCAGACGUACUGGCUCAGUUUGAACAAACAAAUAUAACAGUUUUAAAUAUGGUAGAAAACAGACUUCUGUUUAAAUCAGCCACUGAGCUUUCCACAUUUCCGCCAAUAUCCCUCAAGAAGAACAAAGCCAGGCAUAGAAAACAAACUCAUUCGGAAUCAAGUGGUGUAACUAAUUUGGAAUAUUUGGAUGUUUCUGAUAAUGUUGAAUUUUCCAAUAGUAUCUGCAUUAUGUUUAAAGGCAUGAACAAUCUUCGCCUCAUUUUAGGUGAGAACUAUUUGACAUCGUUUGAGGCGUCCACACUGAGACAUUUGAACAUGACAUAUUUAGACUUAUCGUAUAAUCGUUUGCCUGGCUUAUCAGACGAAAUGUGUAAAGAACUGACCAGAUUAAAAUUAGUCAAUCCAGAGUUUUUAAUAAAUUUACAAAACAACGAGUUUCAUCUGACUUGUACAUACAUUCAAAGUCUACGUUUGUUAGCCAACAGCCCACAGUUGUUUGACCAAGUAGAUAAAAUGGCGUUUAAAACAGACAACAACUUGGACUUAAACUACACGGAGAUGGUCGCACAACUUCCAAGACUCACACAAAACUGUCAAAUAAAAGAUAACUUUAGCUUUGUGUUGACGACAUUCUUCAUCCAUCUCCUGUGUUUGCUUGUUCUGGCCGUGUUUUUCCAUUACCGCUGGAAGCUGAGGUACCUCUACUUUAUUGGUCAACGGCGGCUGCACAUCGGUGGACGUUUGGUCAACUACAACCCACAGGUUGAUGUCUUCAUCACUUAUGAUGAGGGUGAACCGAGAAUCCGACAGAUCCUUAAAAAUAUUAUCCUGCCAUUCUUGAAAGAGAAGAACAUCUCUUACAUUUUAGGAGAAGUGGACUUUCCAGGUGGGGACAUGGUGUCACACAUCAGUGGAGCUAUAACUGGCACAAGAAAAACGCUGGUCUUGUUGUCUGAAGAUCUUUUCUUGGAUCACUACCGAGAGUAUGAGAUGAACCUGGCCAUCAUGCGAGAGUUCAAUGUACGAGGUCAGGUUAUCGUUCCUGUCUUUGUUGAGAGGGUCGACUUGAAUACAUACCCACCUGAAGUAGAAACUUAUUUAAGGAAUCAGCUGUACAGGUGUCUGGUCUACAGAAAUAACCAAACUUUCUGGACACUUCUACUACAUGCAAUUAGAAAUGACAAGUAG